AAUAGGAUCCUUGAUAGCCCUUUCAGAUCUCUCCAACUUGCAGGUAGCAGAAAUCAUUUUAUUUAUGACUCGGCUAUAAAAACUGGGAAAUGUUUUAACAGGCAUUUAUCACCUACAUAGGUUUAUUCAGGAGUGCUGAUGUCCUCUUUCAUUCAUGGAGUCAUAAUGACAAUAUUACGUAACAUAUUGGUUCAAUGAGACUAGAGAGGUAGGGAAUGUCAUGCCCUAAUGGAUAUUCAUGAUUAACAAUCCCACACUGACAGCCGAUAUAAUAGGAUUAUUUACACCUGAGUCGCAAAUUAACACCUACUACUUAACAAUCAUUGGGUGUGGAAACUUACGACUUUCGUUUUUAAAACACAUUGGAUCGGAGGCUGUGGUAACAAAGAAACGGGAGUAAAUUUGAUCUUUUCCUAGGAUUUUCUAACAGUAAUGCAGUUGUGAAAAAGUGACCAGGAUUGGAAGAUAUUUCUAUGAUCAGCCAACAUGGAUGCAGAUUCUUUUAAUGCACCUGCAGCUAUGCCCCCCGCCACGCCUGGUCUGCCCUACGAGACAUUAUCGCCCUCCAAUGAGGGAAUCAAUGCCACCUCCCCUAGUGAUCAGUCAAUCACUCGCCUUCGAACGUGCGACGAGAUCAGCGUGGAGUAUGACAUUGCAUUGGCAGUGAUCUGCUCCAUGUGCUUUAUUUUUGGGAUAGUGUAUACAUUUUUUGGGUACCGCUUCUUUAAGGCAGUGAUGUUUCUGACGGGGUUCAUAUUCACCUCCGUCCUUGUGUACCUCAUUCUGUCGCGGUUGACCGUACUCCCCAUGGAGGGAGACAUAGGUGUGGCCUUGGGCGGUGGCGUCCUGAUAGGACUCCUGACAAUGUUAGUGCAGUAUGUCGGACUCUUCUUCACAGGCUUUCAGUUCGGAGCUGCAAUAGGUAUCGUAAGCCUGAUAGCCGUGAACUUUUUAUACUUCAUUGAGAUCCACUGGAUUCGGAUUGGAGUGAUUUGUGGAUUGGGUUUCGUUUGUGCAAUAGUGACUCUUAAAUUCCAAAAGGGGGGUAUGAUUUUGGGGACCAGUGUAUUUGGGGGAGCUCUGAUGGUGUCCUGUUUAGAUUACUUUAUAGAGCAGUUUGCCAUGGUGACAUUUGUGUGGGGACAGAUAACGGGACAAUCCCCUGGACUGGUGUGCUGGUAUUCCUGGGUACUGCUUGCCUGCUGGCCAUUUUGUUUUCUGGUUGGGAGUGUGACCCAGUGGAGAAUAACUGGACAGGGAUAUGACCACAAUGACGCUGUUAAUAAUAAAAAGGUCAAGAAAGUAAACUUACACCAGGCCAGGAAGAAAGUAAGAGCGGACAGUCAACACACGAGAUACAGACACUUGUACCAAGCUAGGAGGGCCACCGGUGAUGUUCUGUCUCAGACUUAUAUUCAAACCAUGCAACAAAAAAUGUCACCAGCCACAAAACGCAAGGACCACAUAGCCAUCCCGACAGAGCCCAGCUUAACGGAGCUCGACAGCACCAACACAACACUGACACAGGUGCCAUAGGAAAUCUGACAACAGGGAUCCAUGAUUUUAAAAGUCCACCAUUAUGUGAAAGUGACGAAACGAUUUAUUUGUUUUUAUUUGAAGACUGUGGGAGUCUUGUCUCUGUAGAAGGAAUCUCGGAGUAUAUUACACAGUAUUACGGCAAAUGAUGACAUUAGUGAGGAGAGACUGUCUCAGACCAGAAGAAUUGGAGGCCUGUGCCAUAAUGAUCAAAUAAUGAGCUGACCAGGGCCAAGAGAAUCAGUCAUAGAAUUUCUCACUUUAAAGUGAAUGCAGUGAUAUGAUUUCAGGGGAGCAUUGAAAACAUCGAGAUUUUUCAAUCAUCUGAGUCGCUCACGUGAGCUGUUGCGAUGUGUUCCUAUUGGUCCGCCUACAUUUUUAGUUUUUAUAAGCUCUCGUCUGAAACUAUGGAACUAAUUAACAUCCAUUUCAGUGUAUACAUGUAGCAUCUUUUAGGGUAAGAGAGUAAAAGAUGUGUGCUCACGGUCCCUAAUCCCCGUAGGCCAGAGUGAUGGCGUUAAAUUUAGUGAUUCAAAGUUUGAAAAAGGUCGCCAUCUGAAUUAUCAUCAUGUAAUGAGAUAAAUCUAGAAUGAAAUUCUAAAUGGUGGGAACAAAAAUUAGUCAUGCAUCAGAAUAUUUCAAUCUACUAAUGAACAGAAUGCAGCAAGAGUUAAUUAACAAAGUUUUAUUGAAAGAAAUUUGUUGAUAAAAAUGUUGUCAAACUUAUGACCAUAGCAGAUCAAAUUCUACAGUGGAAGUAUGCAUUCAGUGGAUCCUUAAAUUGUAUUAUAGAAGAAAAUGGAUAUUAUUAGAUAUAUUUUGUAUGUUAAAUAAAAGAAAGUUAAAUUUUCGGGCUUGUAAAUUAUAUUGAUACACCAAUUUUCCGCACAUUCAAUAAGAAUUAUUUAUUUUAAAAUUUGUUUGCUGAUGCAUAAAUGAAAUUGGGGUAAUCUGUUUAGAGAGGGAGAUAGGAAACUAAUUAAAAUUUCAUUCCAAAGUUCAUGAAACCUACCGGUACAUUUCAGUAUUUAUCAAAUAUUUUGAAAUCUAAUAUCAUUCUUUGGAAAUAGUGAUAUUAUACUGAAAUCAACUAUUGAUGAAAAUGAUAAAUGGUUGUGACUGUAUAGUUGUGAAAUGGAGAAUCUUUGCAGUGGGGGUUUGAUGGGGUCACCAAGAGCUGAAAAUCAGUGUCAAAAAGAUGGUCAGGUUUUACAUUUCUGUGAAAAGGUUUUGAGGUAGAAUUUGCAUGAGAUCAUUUCAAUGCUUGGUGAGGUUACCAAGUGGAAAAUUUGAACUAUAUGUCUGUGAAAAUCUGAGGAAAUCAGAUACUGUGACUUUUCUGAUCAUUGAGCCCACUUGCUGUACCAGCCACAAAUCUGAUUUCCUACUGUAUGGCUCUUAGGAGAUCAUGAGAGCCACACAUCUAAUUUCUUACUGUGUGGCUUUCAGGAGAUCGUUAAAGCCUGUGGGCCUCUUGUUCAUUUCAUUCCAGUGAUGUAUUGAAAACAUUUAUGAAUACAUGCAUUUUUUUUUUACAUGUACAAUUUUGAUUACACGUCUGUACUAUUGAAUAAUUGUUUAGUAUGAAAGUUUGCAAAUGUUUGAUGAAUGGUGCAUAACGUUAUAUUUGAUAUUUUGUUCAUUUGUAAAGAAAAUUACAUUAAUGAAGUUAAAAAAUGAAUGAGCGCAGCUGUUUUUUACAGUAUCACUCUGAGGCAUAUUAAACUUUGCUGUCUAAUUUCGGAUUUAUUUGCAGUAAUGUUUAUUGCAUCGCUUUUACAAUGUACAUAAUUCGAUCUUUAAACUUGUAUCAACUAUGCACAUUUGUGAAUCUCAUACAUGAUCAAUUUGUGUCCCCCCCCCCCCCCCCCUUUUCAUUGGCUAGUAUAUUACCGUAGAGGUAAUUUUUGCAUAUUUCUGUUUGUUGUUUUCAUAUGGAAGAGAGACUUCAAGUUUAACUUUGUUUAUUUGAUAAUCAUUGAUGUAUCAACAAGAUGGUGAGCUCAAAGUUCACGGACAUGUUGCUUAGAAUCAUGAUGAGUAUUCUUUAUUAGAGUUGUUGUCAAGCAUUGUUGAGUUACAAUUAAUUUCUUUGUAUAUAGCACAAAGCUAUUUUCAUUUUGUUUUGGUUUUUUUCAAUUUUCAAACUGGUAUUUGCAGUUUUUUAAGAUUUUUGUCCAUUUGUUCCUCAUCUUCUGUGUCGGUACAUUAAAUGAAUUGAAUUUCCCUUAAUGUCAUUUAGGUGGCCAUUAGUUGUCGUGCAUGUGGGCCAACCUUUGAACAGUUUAGCUUCUCUGAAAACAACGGACCAGUGCAACCCAUUUGUUAAUUUGAUAUCCUUGAGGCUUUAUACCAUGUAAGUGGAAUUCUUAGCAAGACAUAAAUUUAGUGAUUUUUCCAUAAAAAUAGGUGUAAAUAUAUAUAUAAUUUAGCGACGUUAUAAUUCCAAGAAAGAUAACUAUUACCCACGAUACAGAAUAGAUUGUUAGCGAUAUUAAAUUUGAGUGAUCUCAACACCUUUGCUAAUAAUGCCAAAAUCAAAUCCUUGCUAAAAAUUCUACUCAUAUGGGACAAAAUUCUAUAACAUUCAUGCAGCCAAACUGGGAUGUCGCUUAAAAUAUUGUUGAAGUUAAUAGUCCCAGGGUAUGGGGAGUCGGGCUUUGGCUGGGCUCUAUAUAUGAAGUUAAUGGUCCGAGGGUAUGAGGAGUCGGGCUUUGGCUGGGCUCUAUAUAUGAAGUUAAUGGUCCGAGGGUAUGAGGAGUCGGGCUUUGGCUGGGCUCUAUAUAUGAAGUUAAUGGUCCGAGGGUAUGAGGAGUCGGGCUUUGGCUGGGCUCUAUAUAUGAAGUUAAUGGUCCGAGGGUAUGAGGAGUCGGGCUUUGGCUGGGCUCUAUAUAUGAAGUUAAUGGUCCGAGGGUAUGGGGAGUCGGGCUUUGGCUGGGCUCUAUAUAUGAAGUUAAUGGUCCGAGGGUAUGGGGAGUCUUGGCUGGGCUCUAUAUAUGAAGUUAAUGGUCCCAGGGUAUGGGGAGUCUUGGCUGGGCUCUAUAUAUUAUUUACUUAAACUUUGACUACAGCAGACACCUGGCAUACAAGUUGGUGCAGUUAAAAUAAUGAAUGAAGGCAGGUCUAUUGUGAAACUCGGACCCUGAUGGAUGGACCUGAUUAUGGGAUCUCAAAGUUCAACUUUAUCCUCUAUUGUAUUUUAAAUUUCACAUUAAAAGGAUAGAAUAGAAAUUAAUGAAGUCAAUGUUAAAGAAAUAAUUUUUUAAAACAAGAUAUUUUAGAUCACACAUCAAUUGCUCAUGUCAUGUUAGAUUAGAUCGAAACAAAGAUCCGAUCAUGAAUAUCAGCCAUUUCAUCAAUACACUGAUGUUUUUAAUCCAAGUCUGCAAUUUUACCUUUAGAGGUGGUUUGGUAUAGAUCCAAGAUGGCUAGUAGUGAUGAAGGAAAUAGUGGGGGAUUAUGUCUCUGUUUAAAUUUAUACAAGUAGCAUUCUAAAGGGCAAUUAAAAAAUCCAAAAUGUUCUCUAUGUAAGUUGAUGCUAUACCACGAAAAUGAGAUUUUAGGUUAAGGUGUUUUUACAUGUGUUAUGACACCAUAGAAUUGUGAAUUUGUGUAUUUUUUAAAAUCUGGUUUUGUUGUAAUUCAACCCAGCUGUAUCGGCUACAUCUAGAAUUAUAGUUUCUUGUCAUGAGGAUAUACAUGUAUGUGUACUUGUCAUGAGUAUAUAUGUACUUGUCAUGAGAGUAUAUGUGUACUUGUCAUGAGGGUAUAGGUGUACUUGUCUUGAGUAUAUGUGUACCUAGCUGAAGGUAAAAGCCUGUGGAUUCCUGUAUAAAAAAAAACAAUGAGGUGAUAGAAGGAAAUGCUAAUAUUUCAAGAUACAGUGUAAAAGAAAUGUUUUAAGUAAAUUAUCAUUGUAUCAAAAAAAUUCUUAACAAAAUAUACUUUUGUAGCUGGUAUUGAAACAUAGAUAUCGAGCGAUAGCAAGAAUUUGUUUGUGAUGCAAUAUUUUAGUAACUUUUAAGUAUUUUCACUACAUAGAGGCCCGAUUUAGUGUUAUAUAUCACAAAUGAAGGUAAAGUAAUUUGUGGGUUCUCUAUUUUUACACAAUUUUUAUCCAUAUGUAGAGAGAUGUCAAAAGGUAGAAAAAUUUCACUGGCCAAAUUGGAUGUUGCUUUUUAUGCUGUAGAUGUACUUACAGAGGAGAUUGUAGCAGACAGAUUUGAUAAGAGCUAUACAAUUUUAUUUACUGAUACAGGUUAAAAUGUUAUUGUAUAACGGGAAUGUUUAACAGCUUUCUCCCAAGAUUCUUAUUUUUCUGCUCCCACUAUACACACUUUUUAUGUGAAAUUUACUACCAAAUUUAUUUUACAACUUUGCUUAAAUAUAAGAAUUAUCAUGAAGAAAUAAUCUUUGAAGACCACGACCUUUUUGAAUGAAUACUUUUACAUUGGAGUUGGUGUAUUGAUGUUAGUGGAAUUUGUUAACGAUGUGUAUUGUUAGAGGAAUUUUUUUAGCUGCAGGGAAAAUGAACUGUUGUAAAAAUGUUGCUAUUGACAGUGUUGGCAUUGUUUGUUUAACUGAUGCAGUUGUCUGUUACAAUGCUAAUGAUUAGAAUAAAAAAUCAAAAUAAACAA